AUGGAGCGACUGGGCAAGUUCAAGCCCUACGAGCACGACGCCUUACACAAGCAGCUCUUCAACCACGACUACACCUUACACAAGCUCAAUUCUCUCUUCAACUUGGGCCGAUUGGACGACAGCCACCACCACCACUACUACUACUACUACUACUACUACUACUACUACUACUACUACUACUACUACUACUACCACCACCACCAAAACUACCACUACCAGCACGACGACUCCGGUACUUUCAUCGACCUGGAUCGAUUGGUCAAGCACAGCUUCCCCUACAACUACGAGUUCACCUUCAGCUCAAUGGCUCGAUUGGUCAAGCACAACUUCCUUUAUAACGACGAGUUCACCUUCAACCCAAUGGAUCGAAUGGACAACCACUUCUUCCACGACUACGCCUUACACAAGCUCAAGCACUAA